AACUAUUAUGCUCGCUCCUAGAAGCUUGUCCUAGCACCUACACAUCACUAAAAGAUCCGGCCCUCGUUGAUCAUUUAUUUUUCUGGCGAAAAAUGGUCAAUGUAGAAGAUGUUCGAAAGGCACAACGGGCUGAAGGCCCAGCGACAGUCAUGGCGAUUGGUUCCUCAACCCCACCAAACUGUAUCGAGCAGAGCUCGUACCCAGAUUACUAUUUCCGGAUUACUAAGAGCGAGCACAAGACCGAACUCAAAGAGAAGCUCCAGCGCGUCUAUAAGUUAGAUAUAAUGAUCUUUUCCUCAAUAUGCAGUUUUGGUCAUUCAUUUUUUAUGUUGCUUAUAUUAGGGGUGUUUGGGAGUUAUAUUUUUGGAAUUUUACACUAGGUAUUUAAAUUAAAUUAUGGGUUGUUGGGAGCCCAUGCUACAAGAAAUUGACUUACAAUGACAACCAAAAAAUGUCACUAAAACGUUGUGGCAUCUAGUUGGAAAAAUAUGCAUACUAUCUAUAAAGUGAAUUCGUAUUAGGAGUGUUUAUUGGUUCUUACGAAACUUUUUAUUGGUUACUGUGAAAUCUUAGUAAAUGGCCAUGUCUAAAAGCACGAUGAAACAUAAUCCUUACUCUAUAUUUGAUAUUCCCACAAAUGAACCUGGCGUCACUCAAAAUUUAUUUACUAACCCAAGUUUCGGGACCCAUCUAACCAAGUAUUAGUAAAUGAAUUUAAGAAAAAUUGAGCAUGACCAAGUUUAAACAUUUUUCGCUAUCACAUUACAGGUGACAAAUCCAUGAUCAAAAAGCGUUACGUGUACCUAACUGAAGAAAUCCUAAAGGAAAAUCCCAGUGUAUGCGAGUACAUGGCGCCUUCCCUGGACGCUAGACAGGACAUGGUCGUGGUGGAAGUCCCCAAACUUGGAAAAGAGGCUGCCACAAAGGCCAUACAGGAAUGGGGCCAGCCCAAAUCCAAAAUCACCCACUUGGUCUUCUGCACCUCCACUGGUGUUGACAUGCCGGGUGCCGAUUACCAGCUCACCAAGCUCCUCGGCCUCCGCCCCUCCGUCAACCGCCUCAUGAUCUACUUCCAAGGUUGCUUCGCUGGUGGUACUGUCCUCCGCGUAGCCAAAGAUUUGGCAGAGAACAACAAGGGCGCAAGGGUUCUAGCUGUGUGUUCUGAGAUCACGGCUGCCAUUUUUCGCGGGCCUAGCGACACCCAUCUUGACGCUCUAGUUGGCCAGGCAAUGUUUGGAGAUGGCACAGCUGCUAUUAUCGUAGGCGCAGACCCGAUACCCGGAGUUGAAAAGUCAUUGUUCGAGUUGGUCUCCGCAACCCAAACCAUUCUGCCCGAUAGCGAAGGGGCCAUGGGUGGAAAGAUUCUCGAAGCGGGCAGUACUGUCCACUUUGUCAAGGAGGUUCCAGGGCUCAUCUCCAAGAACAUAGAGAAGGCCCUAACAGACGUGUUUCAACCCUUGGGAAUCUCAGAUUGGAACUCCAUCUUCUGGGCUCCGCACCCUGGCGGGCGUGGUAUUCUAGACCAACUGGAGUCGAAGCUGGGCCUUAAGCCGGAGAAGCUACGGGCCUCGAGGCAUGUGCUGAGCGAAUACGGUAAUAUGGCAAGCGCAUGUGUGUUGUUCGUCUUGGAUGAGAUAAGGAAGAAGUCAGCGGAAGAAGGGCUCAAGACCACCGGCGAGGGGCUCGAGUGGGGCGUGCUCUUUGGGUUUGGACCUGGGCUCACUGUUGAGACUGUGGUGCUCCAUAGUUUGUGCCCCUGAGUGUGGUUAUUAUUAUUGUUAUUAUUUGUUUGUUAUCAUUCCAUUGUUUUUGGAAUGCCUUAUAUUAAUGGAAGGUCUCACUCCAUACUACAUGGAUGCUCAUACGUACGGAGAGCCAAAAAGCUCUGUGUGAACGUUCCGACCUCAAUAAAUAGUAUGGAGUAGUAAAUGUUGCAGUAAAGGUCAUGUGAACUCAUAAAUAAGGGACUUUUGGGCAAGAGCUCUACACAUCUCUCCCCUCCCCAUUGUAAUCAUUUGCUCUAGUAUCGUAAUCAUGUUUCCUCCUUCAUUCUA